GUAUAUUUGAUCCACCACAUCGCAGAUGAUAUUUAUUACUGCUAGUGUAAUGUGUUGCCAAGAGAGGGCGGCAGUAGUACCAGGAGCCUGGUUACCAGGUAACACAUCAACCACACCAAAAAAAAACCAUGUCGAUGUUCAAAGCCAAAGUUUUACUUCUCGGGCCGAUGGAAAGUGGCAAAACAGUCCUGGCUAAUUUCCUGUGUAAAGCCACUGAAGUUACAAAUAUUUCUCCUACUGUUGGGGUCAGAAUAAUGGAGUUUGAGCAGCCAAUGAUUCUGGAUGGUCGUAAUACUGUUGCUGAUAUUGAAUUGUGGGACUGUAGUGGUGAUCAUAGAUAUGAAUCCUGUUGGGCAGCAUUUAGUAAAGAUGCCAAUGGUAUUAUCUUUGUUUAUAACCCAGACCGUGCCAACCACAACAAAGAACUUGAAGAGCUACUUGCUUAUUUCCUACCUCAGACAGGCCUUACCACCAACCACUGCUUCUGUGUGAGCAAUGUUAGAGCCGAGGCUUACAAUGCUCCUGUUCGCAGUGAACUCCCUCCAUCAUUUCAGAACAUACAAUGCAUUGAAGCAAAUCUGGAGUCCAGUUCAGAAGAUCUGAGAGAGCAGCUUGAAACGUUUCUUGUGACAGUGUUGGUAGCCAUGACUGACAAACGUGACCAAGAGGAACUCAGCAUCAUGAAUAAAAGAUGAUGAAGUGGUAGUAGCUUGGACCCAGUUACUUGCUGUUUCAUACAUGGCUUUAACUUAUCAGUGAAUGAUCUGAAGGAGUCAGACAAUUCCAGGGAGGGAAAGAGAGAGAGAAAGAGAGGGGGGGAAGACAUAUCACAAAAUAAAUCCAUUUUUGUUACUUGAAAUAAUAUUUUAUUUGUUAUCAUUACUAAUUGAUAGCUCUGGAUAGACAGAUUCAUGAGAAUAGCAGACAAAAUGUUUGGUGAUAUCCAGUUACAUACUGGGUUCAAAAUCCUUCCAGGAUCAAUACAAUAUGUUCCAGUCAACAACUGGGGUCAAUAUUAUUGAUCGUAUACCCUAAAUUUGAGGUUCUGUGUCUUAAGUAGUAGAUAACAAACAUUAUAAUGAUAGCACAGUCUGUAGUGCUGUUGGUGUUGUAUCACUGUUGCAGGUGAUAGUGCUGACAUGGAUGCAACAACCAGGACACACUAUCCUGCUUGCAAUCGGCUGAUAGCUUGUUCUCU